AUGUGUGCCUUGGCUGAACUAACCUACAAAGAUCUCAUCAUCUAUUGGACAGAUGGCCAAUCACCCACGGUUGCUAUUAACUUCAAUCAGUUAUACGUUUCUUGUGCUCCCAACUCACUUCUGAGAUCUCUACCCGUCGGAUCUCUUGGCAUGGCCAGCCUUUCCCAAUCCCCUCUCUCUCUUACUACACAGUUCUCUUCUCAAGUGAAAAAGAAGUUCUCUAUUUGCCUGCCCAGCACCACUACAGCGCCUGGUGUUCUCUUCUUUGGAGAAGGUCCCUUUUAUAUGCUACCUCCAACACCGUUCGAUGUGACUACCAUUCUCUCCUACACACCGUUGAUCACGAAUCUGACAUCCCUCGGCUAUUACAUCGGUCUCGCCGGUAUAUCCAUCGACGGGAAAAGGAUUCGGGUUCCAAACAAGGUGUUUGAGUUGGACGAACACGGCGGCCGCGGUGGAGUGAAGCUGGAUACGGUGGUGCCUUACACAACACUCAGGACACACAUCUAUGAAAUUUUUGUAGAGGACUUUUCCAAGGCUACCGAGACGUUCACACGUGUGAAGAGUGUGGAGCCAUUUGAUACAUGUUUCAAUUCCACUGAUCUUGGAUACACACGAGUGGGAUAUCGUGUUCCUCAGAUAGAUCUGGAGCUUUCAAAUGGGAAGAACUGGACAAUAUUUGGGGUCAACUCGAUGAAGCAAGUGAGUAAUGACGUGGCAUGCCUUGCGUUUGUGGAUGGUGGGGAAAUGGCUGAUCAAGCGGUGGUGAUUGGGUCGUUCCAGAUGGAGGAUAAUUUCUUAAUGUUUGACCUUGUGGAGUCAAAGCUAGGGUUUAGCUCUACAUUGUAUUUCAUUAGGACCACAUGUGGUAACUUCAAUUUCACCACUUCCAAUUGA